CGUCACUGCCUCACCUCCAUUCAGAGGAAGAAGGCCCAGAACCCCAGCUCUCAGAGAAGCAGAGCUCUGAGCAAGGAGACGCCUCCCAGCUGUGCCCCUCCUGCCGUGGGCUGGAGCCCUGUCUGCUGUAUGGCUCUGUGUCUCCUGGCAGCAGGCCUUGUGGAUUCUGGAGUCACCCAAACCCCGAGAUACCUGAUUAAAGCAAGAGGACAGCGAGGGGCCCUGAGAUGCUCCCCGAUCUCUGGACACCUCUCCGUGUACUGGUACCAACAGGCCCUGGGCCAGGGCCCUGUGUUCCUCGUUCAGUAUUACAGGCAGGAUGUGAGUGGAGAAGCACAGCUUCCGGAUCGAUUCUCAGGAAAACAGUUUAGUGACUUUCACUCUGAGCUGAACUUGAGCUCCUUGGAGCUGACAGACUCAGCCGUGUAUCUCUGUGCCAGCAGCCAAGACACAGCCCUGCAUGAUCAGGUGCCUCUGAGACAGAAACACUCCUGCCCCAGCUCAGGAACUGGCUUUGAGAGUGCCUGCCUGCCUGUCAGGCCUAGAUAGAUCCGAUAGUCUCUCCCAGACAUACUUCCUCUGCUGUGUUUUAAUGCUUCCAAAGAUCAUUCUAGGUAAGAAUUAUUUUACCUGUUUAUACAUCGGAGGGGAACUGACUUGUCCACAUCUUAUAUGGCAUUACUUUCAGAUCAAGGAAUUUGAUUCAAGUCUGUCUUGAUUACUUGUGGUCUUUGCCCCUAUAAAACUGUCCCCCACAUAGAAUAAAUAAUACACUUAAACACACACACACAUGAACAUAUACACACACAUACUCACAUGCAUGUUUUAAAGCAACUAGCUCACAUAGUUGUUAAGGCUGGUAAGUCCAAAAGCUGCAAGCGGGUCUGGUGCUACUAGAGACUGAGGGGGAGCUGAUGUUUAAGUUCAUAAGCAGAAGAUCUAAUGGUCCAGUGAGAAGGCCAUCGGCUGACAAUUAUCUCUUACUUGGAGAAGGAUCAACGUUUUCGUCUAUUCAUCUCUUUACUUGGUGUCAUGAAGGCCACUGACAUUAUGGAGGGUCAUCUGCUUUAUGAACUAAAAGGUUACUCUAAUCUAUUAUUAAAAUAUACUUAUUCACAUGUUAAGUUUUCCAGAAACACCCCCUUAGGAGCAUCCAGAAAAAUAAAGCUAAAUAUCCACGGCAGAGUCAAGUUGACAGUCAGUUGGGUCUGACUCUGUGUGACCCCCUGGACCCCAGCACUCCAACCUCCCUGUCCAUCACCAACUCCCUGGGUUUACCCAAAGGCAUAUCCAUUGAGAUGGUGAUGCCAU